AUGGAAACAGUAUUUAAGGACAGACUCCUAACCGUAAUCAGGAUGAGUGGUAUAAAGAGCAAUGGCCGACACAGCCGUACGCUUUUGGAUAUGAAAUUCGUGAUUAUAGCGCAAUGGCCGACACAGCCGUACGCUUUUGGAUAUGAAAUUCGUGAUUAUAGCGGUAACGAACAGUACAGGAAAGAGAUGAGUGAUGGCGAGAGAGUGACCGGAAGUUACGGCUAUUUAGGACCCGACGGUCUGUAUCGACACGUCGAGUACGUGGCCGACGAGAACGGCUUCAGAGCCAAAAUCCGGACAUCAGAACCCGGAACAGCCAAUGAUAACCCCUCUAAUGUACAGAUCGAGUCAAACCCCGUUCAAGUAGUAUCUAAUCCCACACCAUAUGCCGGUCCUCCGUCCGCACCGCCAGGAAGUGCUUAUAAUAACCCGAUUGGUGGAGGCGUCCGAAGGGAAGAUACGAUACGACCUCAAAAUAUACCGACAGUUAAUGUAAACCCUAAUCGAAGCACUUAUGGCACCCGACAGUUGGAUCAAUUACCACGGACACCUGAGCCCUCCCGGGCUCCCAAUCCCGCGCCCGAUGUAAAUAGAGAUAGAGUUAAUAUGAAUAGAGGACCCGAUAGCUCACGACCAGUAAAUCCUAUCUAUGAAUCUAACGUAAGGGACGGAUCAACUGGUGAUAACAGAGGGGGACGAGUUGGGGACAGAGAUAGAGUUCCUUACGCUGAUAUACCCGACAAUAUAAUGCCCUAUAGAGGCGCUAACCCUCAGAGACCCAAAGAAACUCCUCGAGUGGUUCCACAAAAUGAAUUUAUUGAUCAAAAUGUGCCCAAAUUUGGCUCAAACCCAGACAUUAAUGAUCAGAGAAAUCCUGGUUAUAGUAGAAAUGGGGUGAAUCCGCGACUGCCAGAACCACAAUCAUUCAUUGGUCCAACUGAUCCGCCUUAUGAGACAAACUUUGACAGAAGUGGUAGAGAUAGGGAUAGGGAUAUGAAUCCAAUAUUUGAUGACAACAGAGAUCCGCCAAUUGGUGGCUACGAAGUGACCACAAAAGGCGGUUCAACUAAAGGUCCGCCAAAAACUUAUGGCUUCAUUGAAGCGACAAAAGGGAUCAAUACGACGACUUCAGCAGAAGACAAGAUCGCGACCAAAGGGUUCCCGUAA